AUGGAGAAGCUUAGGCGUAACGAAACGACUGCGUCCGAAGCAUCGGCCAUUGAGGAUGGCAAAAUGAAUCCUUUCUUCCCGGCGAAGGAGUAUUCGGAUCAAUACCUCAAGCUCCACAAAGAACGAAACGAGAGACUUCCUGUCCGUGCUCAGCGGCAGGAAUUUCUUGAGAAAUACCAGUCCGAACAAGUUACGAUCGUCGUUGGCGAUGCGGAGUCUGGCAAGACAACAGAGCUUCCUCAAUUCGUCCUAUUCGAUGAGUGGGAGAGCAAGUUGUCUGUGGCAUGUACGCAACCGCGAAGAGCAGCAGCAAUCAGUGUAGCAAGUCGCGUUGCACAGGAGAUGGAUGUACUUUUGGGCACCUUGGUCGGAUGCAAAGUCCGGUUCGAAACCAAAAGCACAGAAAAGACGCGUCUAGAAAUCCUGACGGACGGCUCUUUACUCCAAAAACACGCUACCAACAACUUGCUCCAACGCUAUGCAUGCAUUAUGAUCGAUGAAGCUCACGAAAGAACAAAAGAUACCGACAUCUUGCUUGCUCUGAUGAAGAAUCUUAUUCCCAAGCGCCAAGAUCUCAAGAUUGUCAUCAUGUCAGCGCCAGUCAACAUUAAGAAGUUGUGCCAGUACUUUGGUACCUCCAACAUUUUCGAAGCCAAGCGACAGGCCAACGCCGUCCAAAUCAAGCAUGUCGACAGCCCACCAGUUCAAUACGACAUAGCCGUGGUAGUCACGGUGAGACAUAUCGUCAUGACCAAGCCAAAAGGCAAUAUACUUGUGUUUAUGACUUCGAUGCGGGAGAUUGAGAAAACUUGUGUCGAGCUCCGAACACAGCUGCCGGGCCUCAAAGUGCUCCCGAUGUACUCUUCACUUCCGAAGCAUGCCCAAGACAUGGUAACUAGUGGUUCUACAUCUCAGAUGUGCAUUGUCUCGACCAAUGUUGCUGAGGCAAGCUUGACCAUCCCAAGUGUCAUUUAUGUUGUUGAUUGUGGACUCCACAAAGAGGCGGGCUACAACCCUCGAGUCGGAAUGACUACGGUGUUAACAGCUCCAAUCUCGCAAGCGUCUGCCCGACAGCAAGCCGGAUGUGCUGGAGGAAACGAACCUGGGGAGUGCUACCGUCUUUACAGCAAGGAAUUCCACGACCGCGGAAUGUCUCCAAAUACCCCACCCGCUAUUCAUUUGAGCGAGUUGUCAAGUGAAGUUCUUCGUCUCAAGUCGUUGGGCUUUGAAGACAUCCCCAAGUUCGAUUGGCUUGAUCCACCUCACCCAGAACCAUAUCUACGGGCUAUCAGCGAUCUCAGAGUCAUGGGCUACAUCAACGAUCAGUGCCGUAUCACUCCAAACGGCAGAAAGGCCAUACGGCUUCCUGUUCACUGCGUGUGGUACAAUUGCUUUCUAAAAGCACAUACGCUUAGUUGUCUUCGCCAGCUAGUCACCAUCGCCGCGCUCAUGAGCACUCAAGAUGAUAUCUUGACCAGACCGUAUGAAGUAAGAUACGCGGCAGACGUGGUGCGACAGGCAUUUGCGCAUGGACAGUCCGACAUUAUGGGACGCAUGAAUGCCUUGUCGUGCUACUUUCAGAUGUCCAAGGAUCUAUCCAAGGACGACUUGCUUGGCUGGUGCAACGAAUACUUUGUCGAUCACAAAGUGGCAACCGAGGUUCUGGCUAUUCGCAAAGAGCUACUGUCCCAAGUUCGUCUACAUCUUCUCAUGGGCAAAAGCGAACCAUCAGCCCUGGACGAAACGGACGAGGGCUAUAGCGACAAGAUACGCCAAUCCAUUCUCGCUGGAUUCUUCUUCAAAGCCGCAAUGUUCGAAACGUCACCUGAUUCGUACAAGACUGCAAGGGACAACCAUCCAUUUCUCCUUGAUCCUGGAAGCAGCCUUGUCGGGAUGGACUACGAGUGGGUUAUUUGCCACAACAUGCACUAUUCUGGUAUUCAAUACCUGCAGUAUGUCACGGCUGUUAAGCCAGAAUGGCUUAUUGAAUAUCCCUUUUUUGAUGACGAACAACUCCCGAAGAAAUACGGUGGUGAACUCAAGAACCCUGCCAUGAAAAAGUCUCUCGACAAGGCUCGCGCGAAGGUCCAACAAGCGACACCAGAUGUUUAA